AUGGUGAGCACUCCCAAGUUAGUUGCUUUAGACGAUAGCCCUCCGUUUCCUGAUGUUCACUUGUAUCGAAGUGUAGUGGGUAUGCUCCAAUAUGUAUGCAUUACACGUCCUGAUCUGUCGUUUUGCGUUAAUAAACUCAACCAGUAUAUGAAUUCUCCAAGUGACACUCACUGGAAAGUUGUUAAACGAGUGUUGAGAUAUUUGGUUAGCAUAAUGGAUCAUGGACUGUAUUUUUCAAAAGGUAAGCCAGAGCUGGUGUGUUACUCUGAUGCUGACUGGGCUUCAUCUAUUGAAGAUCGCCGCUCUACUUCAGGAUAUGUUGUGUACAUAGGGUCGAAUCCUGUUGCUUGGUGCUCGAAGAAGCAAGUAGUGGUGUCCAGAUCCUCCGCUGAAGCAGAAUAUUGCAGCCUAGCCAACUGUGUGUUUGAACUGUUGUGGAUCAAACAGUUGCUAGAUGAAGUGGAUAUAUUUGUGUCCCAAACACCAAUCAUUUGGUGUGAUAAUACCUCUACAGUUUCAGUGGUUGAAAACCCCACACAUCAUGCCAGGAUAAAGCACAUUGAGAUAGAUCAUCAUUUUGUUCUUGAAAAAAUUCUUGCUGUAAUGCUUCAAGUCAAUUGUGUUCCAUCUGCUCCAAAGAAGAUAAAAAACUACGGGUAA